ACUGCACAGCACACGACAAGGAAAGGGAUCCAGCCCAAGAUCCCUCGCCUCGUCCCUUCGCCUCCCCCUCCGUCGCCGUCGCCGGCGACCCUCCCGCCGCCGCAAACCAACUCUCCCCCGUCCCUCCUCCCCCUUCUCUCUUCCUCUCCAGGCGCCGGCCCUCCUCGAAGCCUUCUCGAUUCUCCACAGGGUUCUCGGAGCUUGGCUUGGGGGAAUGCCGAGACGGGAGGGCGGCCGCUCCGCUUACCUCGUCGCCGCACUCAUCUCUGCUUCCUGUCUUCUACUUGUUGCGGCAUCUCAUCAGGAAUUUCAUGAAGCUGCUGGAUCCAGAACUCUUCUUAAGUCACAUGAACAAACAAAUAAAGUGCAUUGCUCAAGGGAAAGAAGCCGCUCAGCUUGGGAAGCUAUUUAUGAGUAUUUGAUGCCCGUUGUGGAAAAAGAAAAAUAUGAACUCCCAAGAAAAUGUAGGCUUCAUCCUGAUAAUGACAUGUUUCGGGAACAGGAGCAACAUAAGAUUCACUUUGAUAUAAAUGAAUGGCGCUGUGGUUUCUGCAAGAAAGCCUUCCGAGCAGAGAAGUUCCUUGAUCAGCAUUUUGAAAAUCGGCACAAUAAUCUUGUGGAUUAUAGUCAUGGAAGAUGCUUGGCAGAUUUAUGUGGAGCUCUUCACUGUGAUCUGAUGUUGAAGUUCAAGAAGCCAAAGAGUAAAUGCAGUGCAGCUGCAGCUGCAAAGAAUCGUCAUCUUUGUGAGAGCCUUGCAGACAGUUGCUUUCCAAUUAACCAAGGGCCAUCUGCCAGCCGUCUUCAUGAAUUUUUCUUGCGUCAAUUCUGUGAUGCGCACACAUGCAAGGGUGGUUCUAAACCUUUCCCCAAAGGUGGCAGGAAAGAAACAAACAGAUUUUACCUGGCUCUUUGUGCCUUAAUAGUGGUACUUUUGCCCCUGUUCUACCUCAUAGUAUUCUUGCACCAGAGGGAAAUGAAGAAAGGCGGUCAAAAUUUAAGACGAAUUUCGAAAAUUGGGCAAAAGAAAAAACCAUCGUAGACUCCUAACUCCAUGCACUGCUUCUUCCCCCUGCAGCCCCUGAUGCAGAUGCAAACGUCAAGAAGCAAACAUGUGCUUUUUCUAUGAGGUCAAGCAAGAUAACUGGAUUCUUGUUGACCUCGAUGAAUAGUUCAACCCUUGAAAAAAUGGGUUUACAUGACCGUGUACAGACAAUCUCAUGAUAUUAUGUACAUUCAAGAAUGAAGAAGCGUAUCCCAAAAUUCGAUAGCCUCUGAUUUGAAUCCUCUGGGCUUAGAUUAAUGGACUACUAGGAACAUCCACGUAAUUUGUAAUAUUUGCCAUGAAGAGGCUUGGGUGUAAUUGCCAUUAUUUUGGUAUUCGCGAGAACUGUGCCUCGGUUUGACUUGUCAUACUCCAGAGUCCAGAAUGGUUUGGUGGCUUGCUGCAGUGAUUUAUCAGAAACUACAGAGGACGGACUCCGGUCCAUACGGGAGUUGACUCUACACCGUGUCGUCUCCUCACUCGCUGGCUUCAUGCCCUGCUUGUCGGCGUUAUCUUCCGUGCCACUCCAUCUCCAUACUUGGUACUCCCAGGUACUCUCUGUCUCAUUUUUUUUCG